AGUUUGAUACCUCGAUAAAGACGCGAGGCACUCAAAUGUGUGUCUGUGUGAAUUUUCCUGGAAAAUUGUUUGUUGUUCAUCUUGUUUUUUGCUACGCUCUUGGUCAAUACUCAAAAAGUUUAUAAGAAAAUGCAUGUAGCCCAGCUUCUGCGACGACAAAACUGAAACGAAGUAAAACAAAAGAAACAAUUGUGCUAUCACAUAUACACCGACUGCUGGGCUCACGGUGUUUCCGAAAUAAAAUCAAAUCUCAUCAUUUGUUUUUGACUACUAAAUGACACUGAACCUCUCAAAUGCAAUACAUAUAUUUCACAUCUGUCACGUGAUUCAACAUACGAAAAAAAAAUUCGACAAAAAGGUAUAGGCAUGUGCAAUAAUUUUCCACACACACACUCACACUCACUCGUUGCCCAUCCAUUGGGCGCUUUUUUUCUCUUCUGUUGUUGACUUGAACACUUAUUUAUCUCUCAUUCAUUAGAUAUGUCAAGAGAACAUUGUUUUCUUCUGUCUCUUGAGCUGUAGCUAUAGUAGAUUCUCUGCACAGUUGUCAAACUCAUUUUCAAUGUUGUGUAUUUUUUUUCUCUCGCUCAUUGCUGCUCAAUGCCAUUGAAAUUUGUGUAUGUAUGUUUCAAAUUUAAAAGGGAAAACAAAAAUAAGAGGCAAAUUUUAAUUGAGCUAAGCCAAAGAGGAAAAAAUUAAAAAUUAAAAAUAAUGAUCGGUAAUUUUAAGUGCAUCAUUGGUGGAAUCGCUGGAAUACAAGUUAAAUCAAUAAAUUUAUAGUAGUCGAAGUAAUAAUAAAUAUUGAUAAACCGAGCUAAAUGCGAGGGCAGUGAAAUCAAAAUGUUGAGUGAAUUUUCCAUGUAAACAUCCAAAUAUCUAAUCAACUCAGUGUGUAUCCUGAAAUUUCGACAAAAUAUCCAUUCAUAGUAAAAACACCCUUGUUGUAAUAGUAAUAACAAAUCGAAAAAAAGUCUGUCUCUCUCGGUCUUCAGCGAAUGUUGUGUUGCGAAUCUGCUGCUGCUUCUGCUGCUGCAUUGUCGCAUCAUUCGCUUGAAAUUAGAGCAUCAAUGAACGGAAAUCGGUGUUUUUGACGAUCCGGACGACGAUUUGUGAGCAACCGCAAGAAGAGGCAAUAGACACAUCAACCAAACCUGGAACACGAAUCAUCCCAAAAUCAACACGCAUUCACAAUCACACACACGCACGCAGAGAGAUAUUUCAGUCGCGCUGCACUCCGUAGCGCAAAAGUGAAAAACAAACGCAGGAUAGAAAAAAAAAUCAACCCCUUUUUUGUUAAACAAAACAAAAAAUUCACACACAGCAGCACAAAAAUCAAAAACACAAAAAUCAUUUCUUCCUAAACCAUGGCUGACGACGACAUUCUUUUCGAUGAUGUUUACGAACUGUACGAAGUGAUUGGCAAAGGACCAUUUUCAAUUGUUCGAAGAUGCAUACAUCGAGAAUCAAAAAUGCAAUUUGCAGUGAAAAUCGUAGACGUUGCCAAAUUUACCGCAAGUCCCGGACUGAGCACAUCUGAUUUGAAACGGGAAGCAACGAUAUGUCAUAUGCUCAAGCAUCCACACAUUGUCGAGCUUCUGGAAACGUACAGUUCCGAAGGAAUGUUAUAUAUGGUUUUCGAAUAUAUGGAGGGAUCCGACAUUUGCUUUGAAGUGGUCAGAAGAGCCGUUGCUGGAUUCAUUUAUAGUGAAGCGGUUGCAUGCCAUUAUAUGCGUCAAAUACUGGAGGCCCUUCGGUAUUGCCAUGAAAAUGACAUUCUGCAUCGAGACGUACGGCCCGCAUGCUGCUUACUAGCAACCAUUGAUAAUUCGGCACCAGUUAAACUGGGCGGUUUCGGUGUUGCUAUUCAACUUCCAAAUGGACGCGAAGGCGUUGAAACACACGGUCGCAUUGGCUGCCCGCAAUACCAAUCACCCGAAGUUAUAUCCAGAGGAUAUUAUGGAAAAGGAUGUGACAUAUGGGGCGCUGGGGUCUUAUUACACGUACUGUUGUCGGGGCGAUUACCAUUUUUGGGCUCGGGUAGACGCUUACGAGAGGUCAUCAGUGGUGGUCGCAUUGCGCUGGAAGCGCCUGAAUGGAAAUCAAUAUCAUCCAAUGCCAAAGAUUUAAUAUUAAAAAUGCUUGCGCCAAAUUUGCACAAUAGGUUAACAAUAGAAGAGGUUUUAAAUCAUCCUUGGAUGCGAGAUCGUGAAAAAAUACCAAAGCAACAUUUAGCAGAUACGGUAGAGGAAUUGAAACGAUUUAAUGCUCGAAGGAAACUUAAGGGUGCAGUUCAAGCAAUAGCCGGUGGUUUGGCUAAUGAACCACUAUGUUGCACAGAUACAGACUCAGUUACAAUCGGAGUAGCAUCGGAAACACUAAACGAUUGGGCGGAUGAAGAGGCUGGUUUGGAGGCUGUGCAAAGAGUUCUUGAUUCACUUGACGAUAUUCACGCUCUUCAAGACGACUAUGUUGAUGAAGAUAUACUAAGAGACAUGCUCACCGAUAACCGAUUAAGCGCUCUAUUACAGUUGUACGAUAAAAUAAGUUGUACGGUAAUGUCACCGACACGAGCACCACCGGGCGAUGCUGUGGCACGUUGUCGUGAUGCUAUCGAAGCUAUUAUUUCGGCACCUGGUCACAAGUACAAUUGUGAGAAGAACGAAUUGUUGCAACUACUAUCACAGUCACACGUACAGGCAUUGCUGCACACACACGAUGUCGUUGCCAAAGAAGUGUAUGGAGAGGAAGCGCUUCGUGUCACACCACCACCAAUACCCAGUUACAUCAAUGGCGAGGAUAGUGACAGUGUUGAAAAUGGUGAAAUUCAGCACGUCACCCGCGUUCGAUUAGUUCAAUUCCAGAAAAAUACCGACGAACCAAUGGGUAUCACGUUGAAGAUGACAGAAGAUGGACGAUGCAUUGUGGCCCGAAUUAUGCAUGGUGGCAUGAUUCACAGACAGGCAACACUGCAUGUUGGUGACGAAAUUCGAGAAAUUAACGGCCAAUCGGUGCAACACCAAACAGUUAGUCAACUGCAACGAAUGCUGCGGGAUGCUCGCGGAUCUGUAACCUUCAAAAUAGUUCCAUCAUACCGAAGUGCUCCGCCACCAUGUGAGCUUUUCAGGAUUAAACCAACACCUGUAUUAAUAUUCGUACGUGCUCAAUUUGACUACGAUCCACUGGACGAUGAGCUGAUUCCAUGUGCCCAGGCUGGAAUUGCCUUCCGCACCGGUGAUAUUCUACAAAUUAUUAGCAAAGAUGAUCAUCAUUGGUGGCAAGCCCGACAUGACACAAUUGGUGGAUCGGCCGGAUUGAUACCAUCACCCGAAUUACAGGAAUGGCGUAUAGCAUGUCAAACGAUCGACAAACGACAGGAACAAGUCAACUGCUCAAUUUUCGGUCGGAAGAAGAAACAAGCCCGAGAUAAAUAUUUAGCCAAACAUAAUGCAGUAUUCGAUCAACUUGAUCUGGUUACGUAUGAGGAAGUGGUAAAAGUUCCACUUGGUGAUCCGGCAUUUCAACGAAAGACCCUUGUCUUACUUGGAGCGCAUGGUGUCGGGCGACGUCAUAUCAAGAAUACUCUGAUUGCAAAGUAUCCGGACAAAUAUGCUUAUCCAAUUCCACACACGACUCGUGCCCCUCGUCAGGACGAAGAGAACGGAAGAAGCUAUUAUUUUGUAUCUCAUGACGAAAUGAUGGCUGACAUUGCGGCUAAUGAAUAUUUGGAAUACGGCACUCACGAAGAUGCAAUGUAUGGCACGAAAUUGGAUACAAUACGCCGCAUUCACAACGAGGGAAAAAUGGCCAUAUUGGAUGUUGAACCGCAGGCACUGAAAAUUCUGCGCACAUCCGAAUUCACACCUUAUGUCGUGUUUAUUGCAGCGCCUUCAUUGAACAACAUUGCUGAUUAUGACGGAAGUCUCGAGCGAUUAGCUAAAGAAUCAGAUAUGUUGAAACAAGCAUACGGUCAUUUCUUUGAUUUAACCAUUGUGAAUAAUGACAUCGGUGAAACGAUUUCCGCACUCGAAUCAGCCAUUGAAAAAGUGCAUUCAACACCACAAUGGAUACCGGUUUCAUGGCUCUACUGACAAGAUGAAGAACUUGAAUUAGCUGAAUCAUGCGAUGAAUGCAUGGAUGAGUGCGAUUGCGAAUAUUGUGAUAUAAACGAGUCAAAUUACGAUAUGAAAUGAGGGCAAAUAAAACAAUUUGGCUGAACCAAAACAAACCAUACAUAUAUAGAAUGAAUAGGUGUACAAUUUCAAAAUACACACAUACCCAAAACCCAAACACACACAAAGAGACUAAAAAAAAAUUAUUCGAGUUUAAAAGCAAAAAUAUUCAAAAUAUAUAAAAUUUGAACAGCAACAACUAAUUAAAUUUAAAUUGAAGCAAGCAAAUAAUGCAAAAAAAAACAAACAAAUUGAUUUAUCGAAUUUCGACAAUUGGUUAUUAUAUAUGAAUAUUAUCGAUUUGAAAAAUAAAAAAUAAAUGAGAAACCAAAA